AUGGCAAAGAACAACGAGAGGUCGAGGUCGAACGGUAUAGGUUUCGGACAGAAGAAAGAUGAGAAGAAGGUCACAGCCAAGGAGGAGAAACGUGCGGAAGGGAAGAGGAGAUCUUCGGCAGGGACAGACGAUAUCUUCUCUAUGGUGGAACAGGCGGCGGCCGGUCGCAUCUCUCGUCCGGAAGCAAGGCCUCUGGAGCCGGAGGAAAGGCAGAAGAGGCAGGUGGCAGGGAAGGAGGAGGUGAAGCAAGGAAGAGUCGGUCCUCCUAUCAUGAUCAAGCGAGCUGACAAGAGCAGCUCUCAGGCCAGGGAGGAGUCUGAUCCAUCGAACAAGGAGGCUGCUGCUGCGGCGACACGAGAAAAAGAGGCGGCGGCGGCGGCGGCGGCAGCAGCAGCAGCAAAGAAGCAGGAGGAGGAGGAAGAGGAGGAGGAGGAGGCAGAGGCGGCAGCGGCAGCAGCGGCAGCAGCGAAGAAGCAGCAGGAGGAGGAGGCAGCAGCAGCGAAGAAGCAGCUUGAGGAGGCAGAGGCGGCGGCGAAGAAGAAGAAGCAGGAGGCAGCAGCAGCAGCGAAGAAGCAGCUUGAGGAGGCAGAGGCGGCGGCGGCGAAGAAGAAGAAGCAGGAGGCAGAGGCAGCAGCAGCAGCGAAGAAGCAGCAGGAGGAGGCAGAGGCAGCAGCGGCUGCGAAGAGGCAGCAGCAGGAGGCAGAGGCAGCGGCGGCGGCGGCGAAGAAGCAGCAGGAGGAGGCAGAGGCAGCAGCGGCUGCGAAGAGGCAGCAGCAGGAGGCAGAGGCAGCGGCGGCGGCGGCGAAGAGGAAGCAGCAGGAGGAAGCUAAGGCUGUAGUGAAAGAUGGCGAUCGGCAGCGAAUGAAGCAGCAGAGUGACGAUGAGACAAGACUGAGACUUGAAAGACUCGCACAGAUUGCUGAAGAGCAAGCAAAGCAGAAGAAGGAACAAUUGAACAAGAAGCAAGACAACCCUGCCACAUCAUCGUUUGGAGAUUUCAUCUGUGAUAUCUUCGCAAGCUCUUUCAGAGCUCUUUUUAACAAGAAGAAGUGA